UUUUUUUUUUUAACUCAAGUAGUACUUAACAGUUGGUGGUCUUGGCUUACAUGUUGGCAUGCUUCCGAUCUUCGAUAAUGUAUUGUUGGUAGACCAUUAAAAACAUUUAAUUUAACUUAAAAGUUUAACCUACAAUUUAAAAUCACUAAUUGUUAUAAAUGUUUUAUUAUAAUGUUUUCUGUUGAACAUGAAUCGUGAUCAUCAGUUGUAGUUUUAUGUUAUCACGAAAAUUAUUGUAGUGUAUAGAAAAUGGACGUGGCCGCUUUCUCCGAAGACAACUUCGAGGUAAAGGAAUGGAUCAACAAAACAUUCAGAUCUACAGAAGCACAGGAGAAUCGUGAUGCCUUCGUGUCGUCGCUGGUGAUGAAGCUGCAGCUGUACGUGCAGCAGGUGAACAGUGCGCUCGAGGACACCAGUCAGCAGGUGCUGCAGAGCCUGCCACGCAUCAUGAGAGACACAGAGGUGCUCCAGCAGGAAGCCAUGUUGCUGCGCGAGAAGAUGCAGCUGGUGAAGAGUGAGAUAGCAAAGGUGGAGCAAGACACAGGCCAGUCCAUCGCGACGCUGGAGCACAUUGAUCAGAUCAAGACAGAGUUGCAGUCUGCGAAACAAGCCCUCCAUGAGGCGGACAACUGGACGGUGCUCGCGGCAGACCUGGAGGAGGUGUUUGAGUCGGGGGACAUAGAGAGCAUCGCCCGCAAGCUGACGAGCAUGCAGCAGUCGCUGCAGAUCCUCGCCAGCGUCCCGGACUACGAGGACCGCAAGCUGCAGCUGGAGGGCCUGAAGAACCGGCUGGAAGCCAUGGCCAGCCCACUCCUGGUGCAAGCCUUCACCACUGGCUCUGUCGACGAGUCGCGGAUGUUCGUGCGGAUAUUCUCGGCCAUGGACCGCCUGCCGCAGCUGCUCAAGUACUACCACAAGUGCCAGAAGGGCGUGCUCGUGAAGCAGUGGCGUGGCAUCGUGGAGCUCGAGCAGGACGAGGGACUCACCGACUGGAUGGCCAAGCUCUACGACUCGCUGCUGUCCAACUGGCACGAUCAGGUGAAGUGGGGCGCACAGGUGUUCUCUGGUGUGUCUCCCAUUGGCACGCUCCUCGAGCUGUACGCAGACACGCUGGGGAGCCUGGAGCCGAGCCUGAACGUCUGCAUCGACGCAGCCUUGAAGCAACACGCGGACCAGCUCUUCUACUUGAUCAGGCUCAAAGAGCUGACCAAGGGCUUCGCGACCAACUUGCAAGUGGCCGUAGAGUCCACGGCACAAGGCAGAGCAGUCAGCCAGGAGGCGAUGCUGCCCCUGGCGGAGGCCGUCUUCUUCCCGUUCAUCCCGUACGUGUCCAAGUACGCUCUCCUGGAGCAGGCGGUGCUGUCGCGGCAGCUGGCCGCCCUGGAGUGUCGCAAGGAGGAGCUGGUGGACACGGUGCAGGGCCUGGGGCAGUCCAUCCCGCGGGCGAUGCUGCAUGUCUCCGAGGCCGGCAGGAGGUGCCUCCGGUUCACGGAGGGCUGCGGCUACUCCGGCCUGCUCUACGCCGUCAAGGUGUUCCUGGGCAGCUACCUGGACCAGUACCGUGUGACGUUGCGCCGACUGCAGCAGAGCAAGAGGCAGCAGGAGGACUGGGGGCUGUUCCAGAUGUGUCUCACCCUGCUGCAGACUGUCGGGGAGCUCCUGGGGCGAGUCAAGCAGCUGGAGGCUGAGCUGGCCCACAGCAUCCUCGACUCGUCCCGCAAGUUGCAGCAGGAGAGGAACCCCUUCACGCGCUACAAGUGCCUGCUGCUGAGCCCGGCCGGCCGCAAGGAGUUCGAGUCCUUCGUCGCCACCGUGCAGGAAGGGGAGGAGAUGCUGCUCCUGGAGCCGAUGGAGGCUCUGCGGAAGCUGUGCCGAGACGUGCACCUCGCCACCUACCAAGUGAUCUUCGCCCCCAUAUCUGCCCAGCUGGAGCUGGUGCAGUUGGCGCCCGCAUGGAGCAAGCAGCCGCUCCCUGUUGCCCCGGACCUGCCCGACUUCAGCUUCGUGCCCCAGGAGUACAUCACCCAGAUCGGCCAGUACCUGAUGACGCUCCCUCAGCACUUGGAGCCGUUCCUGCUGCGGGACAACCCCUCGCUGUCGCUGGCGCUGCGGGAGUGCGCGGACGCGGAGGGGGGGCUGGCGGACUGGCUGCUGGGGGACGUGGCGAGAGGCACCUGCCACACGUACUGCGACAGCAUCCUGGGCAUCUGCGAGCUGUCGCCCGGCGCCUGCAAGCAGCUUGCCACCGACAUAGAUUACCUGGGUAAUGUUUUGGAAGACCUGGGCAUGUCGCUGACUGAACACUUGCAGCAGUUGGUAACAUUACUCAGACUAUCCCCAGAGGAAUAUCAGGCCAAGAGCUCUGGCUGUUCUCCUCGCCUCGUCGCUGCUGUCAGACAGAUGAGGAACAUAACCUCCUCUUGAGUUUCUACUAUGGUUUAUUAAGGCUAUGUUGGCACACAUUUGUACAUAUAUUUGUAUUGUAUGUCCAAGAUGUUAUUAAAUACACUAUACUUGUGGUAUGUA